GGUCUUUGGCUGUCACCCAGCUCGGUCUUUCCACACCCAGCUGGGGCAAGCCUGACCCUGCCACAGGGAUGAGGGGUCCCCGGCAGAGAUGACAGUGCUGGCGCCAGCCUGGAGCCCAAAUUCCUCCCUGUUGCUGCUCUUGCUGCUGCUGAGCCCUUGCCUGCGGGGAACACCUGACUGUUACUUCAGCCACAGUCCCAUCUCAUCCAACUUCCACACGAGGAUUAACGAGUUGACUGACUACCUGCUUAAAGAUUACCCAGUCACUGUGGCCGUCAACCUUCAGGACGAGAAACACUGCAAGGCCUUGUGGAGCCUCUUCCUGGCCCAUCGCUGGAUAGAGCAACUGAAGACUGUGGCAGGGUCUAAAAUGCAAAAGCUUCUGGAGGGUGUCAAUACGGAGAUACAUUUUGUCACCUGGUGUACCUUCCAGCCCCUACCAGAAUGUCUUCGAUUCGUCCAGACCAACAUCUCCCACCUCCUGCAGGACACCUGCACACAGCUGUUCACUCUGAAGCCCUGUAUCGGGAAGGCCUGCCAGAAUUUCUCUCGGUGCCUGGAGGUGCAGUGCCAGCCGGACUCCUCCACCCUGCUGCCCCCAAGGAGUCCUGUAGCCCUAGAAGCCACCAAGCUUCCAGAGCCUCCAUCUAGGCAGCUGCUGCUCCUGCUGCUGCUGCCUCUCAUACUGCUGCUGCUGGCAGCCGCCUGGGGCCUUCGCUGGCAAAGGGCAAGAAGGAGGGUGGAACUCCGCCCUGGGGUGCCCCUCCCCUCCCAUCCCUAGGAUGUGAGCCUUGUGCAUCGUUGACUCAGCCAGGGUCUAUCUCGGUGAGUCUUCCACUUAUACUGCAGCCUGGAAUGGCCAGGCUUGGGGAGGGGGGGUGAAGAGUCAGUCCAAGAUUUGGGAGGCUGUCUUACUAUUUCUCAUAAGAGGGGCCAGGAUUCAGAGGAGUGGUGUGUAUCAGGGGCAGGACAGUCUUUGUGACAAAGCUCAGGGGGUUCUGUAGCUCCCACAAUCUCAAGGCUGUGGAGAGCUGGGAAAGCUUGUGAGGGGAGUCUGCUGUGAGCACCAGUAAGGAGGCAGAAGGUGUGUCCCUGGAGCACCUGUAUUUUAGAAUGCAAUGUAUUUUACACUUGUAAUACCUCUCAUGUGGAGGUUACAUCUGUAAUCCCAGCUCUUGGGAGCUCAGAGCAGGAGGAUUGCUGAACUGUCUGGCUACCCUCAGCUACAAGGUGAGUUCAAGGCCAUUGUGAGAUACACAGUGAACUCUUGUCUCCUGUCUCAAAUAAACAAACAAAAACACUCAGUUAAGUGACACUUAUUUUUUUUUCAGAUGAGGUCUCACUAUGUUGCCCAAACUGACUUUGAACACCUCGAUGAACCUUCCUGCCCCAACCUUCCAAAUAGCUGGGCUUACAGGCAUGCUAUAUACAACAAGGCUUUUCUUUUCUUUUCUUCUUUCUUGGUGCUAGAGUUGGGAACCAAAACAAGGAACACGCUAGGCAAAUGCUGUGCUGAGCUACAUCCCCAGCCCAGAGGACACACUGUCUGGGCAUGGUGAUGGACAUGUGUAAUUCCAGUGCUUCUGGAUUGUCGAUGCUGAAACUGGAGGAUACUGACUUUAAGAAAAACAGAAAGGAAGAAGGGGGGUGCAUUGUAGCCCUGUGUGGUUGCUUCUGUCACCUCCAUCCCUUAAAAUAAAAACAACUGCUGGGUAUGGU